ACUUUUGAAAUUAGGACUUUAAAUCAUAUUCCCUCUCGUGGUUCCUCUCACUCCCCGACUGUCUCCCUCUACUUCCGUCGCCGCGCCGUCUCCGUUCGCCGCUCGUUAACUUAAGUGUCAACCCGAUUACUGCUUGUUCAUCUGGCCACUUUGAUCCAGCUAGAUAGCGGGAGAUGGAAUAGCAGUUUGUUCUCACAAAAACUCCAUUUAUAUAAGAAAGCUUUUCGGGAAUAGCGGUUUGGAAGAUAAAUGGUCAUUGCUUCUCAUCUGACUGUUUCUAAGGCUUUUUGUCGUUCAUCCUAAAUCUGAAGUCACUGUUGAAAAAUUGAGCUUAGGGCAUCAAUUUGCUGAAAAAGUGUCUCACCAAAAUUGAGCUCAGGAUAUCAAUUUGAUCUAUUUUGCCAAACAGAGAGAAUAAACCGUCAUUUUACAAAACAUAGGAUCAAUUGCAUAUUUGCGCUAGACAAUGGAGCCAAUUGGGAUGAUUUAUUUUUAACAAAAAUGAGCCCUUAAUUUAUAGGAAUUUUGUUACAAUAUCAAAUUAGCAGCAUAAGGGUCUCAGCAUAGUUGCAUCUACAGUUAGUAUCUCUUCCAAUAAAGAGUUUUAUUAGAUGUGCAUGUAUUGAGUGUCGUGUAAACAGAGCUCCAACUCAACUGGCAAAAGUGGUUUUUUCUUUAAAUCAUUAUUUAGGAAUUUCGGUACAGUAGCUGUAACAAGGUCCUUCAAUAUACAAUUGAAGUGUUCUUCAAAGGGCUUUACUAGGUCCAUACAAAUGGCAAAUAUCCCUGUCUCUAAGUCAAGUGACAGCAGCAGCUCAAGAGGAGCAUUGAUUGUUCUAGAAGGCUUGGAUCGCUGUGGAAAAACAACACAGUCUAGUAAUCUACACAAGUAUUUGGAAGGAUUGGGGCAUUCAGCUGAAUUAUGGCGAUUCCCAGACAGAACUACAAGUGUUGGGCAAAUGAUAUCAUCUUAUCUUUCCAAUGAAUCUCAACUCGAUGAUCGUGCUAUACAUCUUCUUUUCAGUGCUAACCGUUGGGAGAAGAGAUCUUUGAUGGAAAGUAAACUGAAAUCUGGAACCACUAUCAUUGUUGAUCGGUAUUCUUAUUCUGGAGUGGCUUUCUCUUCUGCCAAAGGUCUAGAUUUUGAGUGGUGUAAGGCUCCAGAAAAGGGGUUAUUGGCUCCAGAUCUUGUAGUAUAUCUUGAUAUACCACCGGAGAAAGCCACAGAAAGAGGAGGUUAUGGAGGAGAGAGGUAUGAGCAGCUGGAGUUUCAGAAGAAAGUUAGGCAAAGCUACCAGGCUCUCCAUGAUGCUUCUUGGAAGAUAGUAGAUGCAUGUGGAUCAGUUAAAGAUAUUGAGAAGCAGCUGCAGGAGAUAGUUUUAGAGAGUAUUGGAUUAUGCCAGAAAGAGAAACCCCUAACAUGUCUCUGGUCAUCCUAACUUUGUUUCCUGUCCUUUAAUGAGAUAUAUGUUAAGGCUGAGUUCUACCAUUUUAAGGGCUGACAUGUAAGAGUUGACCAACACUCUACUUUGAUCAUAUAUUUAUUUUGAGUAAAAAAAAAAACUUUCUGGGAUGGUCUUUCAGAGAACCUUUUGUUAAGAGUAUAAGUUUUAGAAGAGCCUACCAUUAUUAUUAUUA